GGCACGUCACAGCCGCGUCAUCAUGUCCCCGUGUCUGCUUUUAUCAACGGGGAAUUAAAUUUAAUCGACACUAUCGCAAGUUAUCGACACUUUAUGCCAACCUUAAAGUCAAGUCAAAGUUGAAUAUAAUUACUGAAAUAUGGAGUUGUUGAAGCAAGUGUCUAGCACACAAUUUUUCUUUCCCGCUGCAGCCGUUGCGGUUGUGUUAGUAUGCACGGCUCUUGUAUUUAUGUUCGGUUUCCAUACGGCUGAACAACCGCAAUUCGAUAAACUACCCUUGGUGCUAGACGACAGAAAAUCUUCCAAUAAGAAAAGGAAAAUAAAGGAAAAGAAGUCUUCACCUAAUCGUACAUCAAAUGAUGAUGGCAAGACUAAAAAUGAAAAUUCCAAGAAAUCUCCAUCAAAAGAGAAAAAAGAAGAGAAAGUGAAAGAAACUGAAAAACCGAAACAAAAAGAAAAGACAGAAAUAAAGUUGGUCAAAAAGGAUGUAGAACCCAAAAAAGUAAAGAAGAACAAGGCAGCUGAUGUAGAGAAACCAGCAGACUUUGAUGAUGGCUUGUGGGAGGAAGUGCCCAAGAAGAGUGAUAAGAAAAAAGUGAAGGGAAAUGAAAAGGAGAGUCCAAUAAAGGAGACCAAGAAAAAUGAAAAGGAGAGUCCAAUAAAGGAGACCAAGAAAAACAAAAAGAAGGCAAAAGAGAAUGAUGUUGAGAUCACAUCACCUGUUGAUAAUACAGAGGAAGCAAUCAAAGUUAUAAGUGUUGUAGGACCUGGUGCAGAUGAGGAGGCAACUAAAGCACUUCAAGCUCAAGUAGAGGAAUUGCAAAGAGUAUUGAAGGAGGCUGAACUUCGUGAUCUGGGAAUAUCCAAUACUGAAGCAAAUGAUGUCACUGAAGAAGAACACACUGAAGUGAAAGAUCUCAGAAGCAACAAAAAGAAGGAGAAUAAAGAAAAGCAAAACAAGAAGAAAGAGGCUGUGGCUGUUGCCAAGGUUGUUUCAAAGUCGGAAGAAAAUUCAGACUCUGAUAAACAAGAGGAGAAGAAGUCUGGACCAGUGUUUGAUGAACUUGGAGAUACUUGGACUGAAGCAAAAGUAGCUAAGAAGAGCAAAAAGAAGGUGCGCAAGGACCAAUGAGAUGUCAGCAGAGAUGGCUCCAGGUUGGACACUCCGAUCUUAGCUCAACACAUCUCACCACACUUACCGUACUUUAUCGACAACCUUGACAUGACACAUUAAUAUGUUACAAUGUGCUUCUUAGUACCAUAAAGAAAUAACAUUAUUUAUUUGGAUGUCUCAGUGAUAUAAUGGGGCUCGAUGGGUUUGUAAGAUAUGUUUUUUUCUUUAUAAACAUUGUAAUGGAAAGGUAAGACGUUGUACUUCAGCGAAACAAUUUCAGAAGAAUAUAUAAAAUAAAAAAAAUGCCUGAAUGUAUAUAUUUUCUUAGGGAAGUUUUGAUUAUGAUUGCAAAAUAUCUAAAAAGGGAAUUUAUAAUUUUUGGUUCAUAUAAUAAAUUAUUUAUUCUUAUUUAUAUUUUAUUAAAAUUGAGAGAAAUCGAGAUUACAUAACAAACAUACCUUAAACAUAAAUAGAGAUUCUUGGUUUCGUUAUCAUUUCAUUCGUCCAUGUUUUAGUUAAGUACUUUAUGUAUUAAAUCGUUAUUUUGUGUUUUUAAGUCAUAUUUUCCGUAGCUUCGGAAUCUGCAAUACCCCGGCAUGGAACUGAAAUGUGACAUUGGAAAUAUCUAGUUUUAUCUGUAGAUUAGAACUUCUAUUGUGAAAUAUUAUCUUACAGAAUUUACAUAAUACUAAAAUUUGGUGCUUCUAGUAGUAAGUAACUUGUCCUCGAUUCAUUCCAGUAUAGCAUAAUAAAUAAUUAAUAUUAGCAUAAUGUAUGUAGUAAAUUAAAGUUAGCAAUCAGAUAUAAAAAUACUGUAACCGACUGGGAUUGCUUUCUUAUGGACCAAAAUGCAAUAGGGUAUAUAAAUAUGAUUUAAAUAGGAAUCCAAUAUUUUUUCAUAACAAUAUUAUUUUAGCGAGAAAUUAAUCUCCAAGUGUUAAAGUGUGAUAAGUAAUAUCUGGGAAAUUCAGUUAUUUCAAAGGGAACACCGUUCGUUAGAGCGAUAUUGACGAUAUUGUUAAUUUGAGACAUAUUUUUAUGUCAAUUUUCAACAAAUUCUCUCAGCUUGUUUGAUUGCCAUAGAUCUAUGAUGUCAGUGUUCGUGCGUACCAAGCGUGCAAAAUGGCAGCCUUAUAAACUAUCUGCGUCAUUUCCUAUACAUAAUAGUUACUUUUCUAUAACUAGAGUUACUCUAAUGUGGCUUUUUUUUACAAUUAUGCAGCGAUAUAAUAAUGAAUAAAAAUCUAAAAAAAGCAUAUUAUAUGCAGAUAAAUAAAUUUAAAGCCGUCCGUUCAGAUUUUAUUUGACUGAUCAUUUGAUGAUUAUUUAAUGAUAUUUGACUUUCUCUUGUUGUUGAAAGUUUUAUAAUUUGUUACUUCAUAAUAUCACAGAUACUAAUCUGUCUCAUUUAAAAUCUUUUUUUGUACUUGUUUAUCUGAAUUUUUGAUAUGUUGGAUUCAUAUAUUGGAACCGGAAUUUGAAUCUAUACAUCAUCAACAUCCACCAUUAGCUUCACAUAAAGAAACUCUCAGUGCUCGACAGCAUUUAAUCAAGGUCCUCAUAUCAUUGACAGUACACUUUUGAACCCCUAUGAUAUUGGUAUGAAAUGUUUUAGUUUGCCGAGAAGAUUUCGGGAAUUGAAAACAAAUAAAAUUCAGUAACAUUAGAAUUAUGUAAAACUUUAUUUUGGAAUGUGUUUCAUAAUCACAUUAAUAAUUCUCCUUUAUUGUGUCAAAUCAGUUUUAUUAAAUGGGCAAGUAUUGAGUAAAUUGAAAUAUUUUAGAUAAUUCAACUGACAUCUAGUUAUAAUUUUGUUUCAGCUUUUGUGUUUAUUAAUAUUAAAUGUUUCCCCUCUACAAAUCACCUUGUUCUUGUUACCAGAGCUCCUAGGUUUUUACUGGUAUCUCCUAUAGUUUUUAUUUUUACAGAAAAUAUUUCAACAUAAUUAAAAAAAUAUCUUAUUUAAAAUCUCCCUCAUGGAUAACUGCAUGUGUUCUGAUUAUUUAGCUUAUAAAGUUGUAGUUGCCUUAUUAAUACAGCCUGACUUAUUGCAGAUUCCUAUUUUACACUUUAAAUGUAAGAGCAAUGAAUGUAUGUAUUGAAGGGCUUUCUGUUUAACUAAAUCUUUUGGGUGAGUGAUGAAUGUUAUGGUGUCACAUUUCUUGUGUCAAUGUGCUAGAACAAAAGUAACUGACUAAUCAAGCAGGUAAAAUUAUAUUCUAUAAUAUUGAGUAUAGUAUUUAGACCAAUAUCUGUUACGGCUUAUUUUGCUCUGGUGUCUUCGCUAGCGGCUGUGUUAAAUUUUUUUGGUUCUUUAUAGAAAUGGUAGGGGUGUUAUAUAUUGUAUAAUGCAUCAUACAAUUAUUUGAUGUUGUCGAUAGUAUCUAUACGAGACCAAACUCUUAACAUUCGUGCUACCAUGUUUAUAAAUAGGUCAAAAUAUGGUGGUUCAUCAAUAAUUUUCUUCUGGAUGACUUUAAUUUAUAUCAAUGGACUUUGAGAUUUGUUAAACGCAUUCUUUAACAAGAAUUGUCAGCUGAAUGAUGCCUCCGUUAUGUAUAAUAUAGUUUAUGACAUUCAUCUACUAUAAAAAGACUACGAAUUUGUAAAUUAGAUUCAUAAAUAUUGUAAGUAACUGGGUGUUUGGCAAGCAGAUCCCACUUCUGAUUAACGACUAUAAUAAUAUCAUAGUUUACUUCUGAACUUGUUAUUAAAUUAUUAUUUUCAUCUGUCUUAUGGGUAAUGGGUUUAGCAUGUUACGAUGGGUUUAGGCUAACUACGAUUUUCUGCUUUUAAGUUUUAAGACUACGAUUUUUAUUGUUAUUUCUAUACGAGUUUAUGUUAAGAGAUUUAUUAUUUUCAGUUGUUUGUGUUGUGACAUUGUGCGCGUGCGCGACUUAGGGCCUCAGUUUUACGGAAUGUUCUAGAUUUAAUAAUAAACCUAGUAGGUACUCUAGUUGCCUUUCUCUUGAUCUAAAAUUAGAAGAGUUAGAGUACGCUACGCGGAGCGAUAAUACUCUCCGACUUUUGUGUUUACGUUUCGAUAGAUGUUGGGAGUUAGGCAAUAUCUUAAUGUUGUUGUUCAUAGGUUCUAUAUAGGUUAUACAAUGAAUGUAAUGCAUAAUAUAAAUAUUUUUUUAAAAUUAAAUAAAGAGUGAUAUUA